AUGGCGGCUUCCCUCCGCGCGGCGGCGACGAGGAUGCUGCGCCCGGCGGUGCUUCCAGGGGAGGGGCGUCGCCUGCUCGUCCACACCCAGCAGCUUUCCAAAUCAACCCGCGCCUACGAGGAAGGAAACCAUGCCUUGAAUGAAUACCGUGCGUCGCUUAUCCAGCAGAGGAAGGAGCAGCUGUACGUUCUCAUUGCCGGCGCCGAGGCCAAUUCCCGCACCUUCUUGCUGAACAAAAGUCUGCUCAAGGAUCUCUCUACACAAGUCAAGCCUAGACCAGAGGACCCUCAAUGGCGCAAGAUAUGUAGAACCAAGAAGGUGACCGACUUCACUAGGUCGGCGGGUAUUCUUGUUAUUUCUGGGCUCACUUAUUAUGCCUUGACUUCCCGUCCUGAAAUCGUAAGGUAUGGUGACUAUCUUGUUACUGCUGAGAGUGUGCCCAUGAUACAAGAGAGGCUGGAGGCGCAAGUAAUACAAGAGAGACUGCGGAGAGUUGCUACUGCUGAGGGAGUGAACAAGCAAGAUGGACAUCAGCCUGUUGCUACUGCUGAGGAAGUGGACAAGCAAGAUGAAUGUCAGUGUGUUGCUAGUGCUGAGGAAGUGGACAAGCAAGAUGGAUAUCAGCCUGUUGCUAGUGCUGAGGGAGUGGACAAGCAAGAUGGAUAUCAGCCUGUUGCUAAAGCAAGUUGA